GCAGAACUCAGUCUGCUGUAAACUCUCAGUAAAAGGUCCUCAUCAGUGACAAUGAAAGCCUUUUUAUUAUCCCCUUGGACCUUUUGGAGUGUGUGUGGCGGAUUCAGUUUGAAGGCUUCAGAGAAGAUCAUCACAUAUUGACCAGAAGCAGCCGGGAGGUCAGAUCCAGAUGGACCAGAGACUGAUUAGAAGACUAGAUAUACUCCUGAACAUGAGACUGAUGACAGUGAGGACUUGAAGGAGACCAGAAAACCGUAGUCCGGUUUAAUCAGAGGAAGUUUCUCAUUUCAGAGAUUUUGGACUUUUAUUUUGAAACCCCCUAAACUCCUCUGCCCCAGAAGCUGUCGUCUUUAAUGCGGCUAACUUCACGCUGUUUAAUCAAGACGGCAGCUCGUAGCAGUUUCUUUAUUGUUCGUGAGAAAGUUUGUGUUGUGAUCCGUCAGAGCCUCUGUGUGUCCGGAUAAACCUGUCUGAAUGGACUUUGUGCUGUUCACCUUUUCUUUCUGGAUGUUUUACCUCUGACUCAUCUCCCGGUAGACUACAAACACGUUCAAGUUAGCUUAGCAUGCUAGCUGGUUAGCACCGUGGCGCUAGUCAGAGUUUGUGUGUAGAAAAAGUUGGUGUCACUGUGUGAAAAAUGUCUAAAGUCCAAACGGUGAGAGCGCUGGUGGAGCAGCGACUGACUGCGGCUGCUGAAGAGAUAUUUGGGCUGUUUGAAAGAACGAUAGCAGAGUACGAGGAGCAACUUUGUCGUUCAAAAGAGAAGAACGAGCGACAACAGAAACUACUGGACGCUGUUUUCAACCCUCAGAUUCACUUACACAGAGCAGACGUCCAGCAGCUGUCGGUGAGUGAAGAAGAGUUUCCCUCUGAGCAGCAGGAGAGGAGCUGCAGCCUAGACCAGGACCAGGACCAGGAGGACCCAGAGCCGCCACAUAUUAAAGAGGAACAGGAGAAACCUCGGACCAGUCAGCAGGGAGAGCAGCUUCAGGGGCUGGAGGAGGCUGAUAUCACCAAGUUCACAUUCACUCCUGUCCCUGUGAAGAGUGAAGAAGAUGAAGAGAAACCUCAGUCCUCACAGCUUCAUCAAACACAAACUGAACAGAUGGAAACAGAAGCUGAUGGAGAGGACUGUGGAGGACCAGAACCAGACAGGAACUCUGAUCCAGAGCCACAUUUACAACCUGAUACUGGUGACGAGCCUACAGACUCUUCUGAACCUGAGACUGAUGACAGUGCUGAUUGGAAGGAGACCAGAGAACCUCAGUCAGGUUUGAACUGUUUGAAAAAAGAUGGCGGCGCUGUCAGAGAUUCCAGAUUUAGUGCUGGUGAGAAACGAUUUAGCUGCUCUGAGUGUGGGAAAGGAUUUAGCUACAAGUGCGAUCUGAAGAGACACAUGAGACUCCACACAGGAGAGAAUCUUUUCAGCUGCUCAGUUUGUAAGAAAACAUUUGCACAGAGUGGAAAUUUAAAGUCACACAUGAGACUCCACACAGGAGAGAAACCAUUCAGCUGCUCAUUUUGUCAGAAAACUUUUGCACAGAGUGGAAAUUUAAAGUCACACAUGAGAUUCCACACAGGAGAGAAACCAUUCAGCUGCUCAUUUUGUCAGAAAUCUUAUCCACUGAAGUAUAGUUUGAAGCUACACAUGAGACUCCACACAGGAGAGAAACUUUACAGCUGCUCAAUUUGUAAGAAAACUUUUACACAGAGUGGAACUUUAAAGGCACACAUGAGACUCCACACAGGAGAGAGACCUUUCAGCUGCUCAGUUUGUGCUAAAUCUUUUGCACAAAGUGAGUACUUAAAGAAACACAUGAAAGUCCACACAUGAGAGAAACCUUUCAUAAAUGUGCUAGCCGUUCAUCCUCAAAGUUUCAUCAAACUGAGGAGAACAAAGUCUCAACAGAGCCUCCAGCCAGCAGCCCACAUGAAGAGAUGCAAACAGAAACUGAUGGAGAGGACUGUGGAAUACCAGAAGCAGCCAGAAACUCAGAUCCAUAUGAACCAGAAACUGAUGAGGAUACUGGAGAUUCUCCUAAACCUGAGACUAAUGACAGUGGUGAUUGGAAGUAAACUAGAAAAACUCAGUCUUCUGUAAACUCUUAGUAAAAGGUCCUCAUCAGUGACAAUGAAAGUCUUUUUAUUAACCCCUUGGAGGGAAACUUUUCAACUGCUAAUUUUGUACGAUUUUUUUUACACAGAGGGGAAAUUUAAAGGCACACAUGAGACUCCACACAGGAGAAAAACCUUUCAGCUGCCAUAUUUGUAGCAAAAGAUUUGCCUCGAUGUCACAUGUCAAAAAUCACAGUUGCUUCAUUCAUUCCAUUUAUGUUCCUGUCUUUCUCUACUCCUUAACAACAUGUAACACCACAGCAUGCCACAACAUUAAUAACAUUUCGCAUUGCUGCCCCAAACUCUGGACCUCCCUCCUUCCAAACAUCCACAGCUCAGACUCACUCCACUCGUAUAAAAAACCAAGUCAAGACCUUUUCAAGUCAACAUCUGACUCCCACUGCCUCUUCUUGUCUGAAACUCUCACAAACUCUGAAUUCUGUUUUUCUUUUCUGUAUUUUGUAUUUGUAUUUCUUCAGGGAUGUAAAGCAUAUUAAAGUAACUUUUAUGUGGUUUUUGAAUCC